GGUAACGCCACCUGUUGCAUUUAUACUGGGAGUCUUCCUAAGAAGCUGAGAGAAAGAGAGGGGAAAAGAAAGAGGGAAAGUGGCUCUCGACUACUUUCAAACAUGAGGAAAAAGGAAAAAUGGCCAAGUGCUGUUUUAGCUGUGCACGGUCGCAGCCACAGAGACUCUUAGAAGGUGACCCGGUCCGGGACUGGCACGAGAAUGUUUCAGACACACCCGUGUCUGUAGCAAAUGUCAAAAGCACAGACUCCCUGGAAGGAUAAAUAAAAACCACAGAGGUUGUAUUGAGCACAGUGAUGGUGUUUGUCGCAACUUUUAUUUCCACAAACAAGUUUCUGAGUGACAGUGACGUUCCACUACAGUAUCCAGUUGCAGAGUCAAAAUGGUUUCAUCUUAACAUCUCAGUUGAAUAACUAACAGCAUUUGUUUAAAUUGGGCUAUUCACACAGAUAGAUCUCUUCAGUGGUAAUGAUGCAAUGACCGAAUCUGAGCUUAUUUUUCACCCUGAAAUAUUAUCAUUUCUCUUUAACAUAUUUCAAUUCUUCUGGUUCCUACAGAUCUGCACUUCCCUUUCUCUCCACUUCAGUACAUUAGGAGAAGAGAACAUUGUAUUUGCACCGUGAGCCAUGGCACAAUGUCCUGCCAAAAAAGAAAAACACUGGGUGGCGUUAUGAAUUAAAUCGCCCACGGUGGUGUCGCUUCCACUUUGGCACUAGAAUUGCCCUUGUGCAGGCGGAGGGCUGGGCCCGGGCGGCUACGGGCACACAGUGCAUCCUGUCUCUGUUGCUAAAUUGAAUGGCGUGGGGGUUCAGAGAGGGGUGUGGGGGACCAAGUACGUCCAUCUUGUGGUCAGACCUGAGCUGGAAUCCUGCCUUUCAAAAAAAAAAAAGGCCAGGGUUUGGGAUCCAAGUUGAAGGUUUUUAAUCCCCAUGCCAUUGUUCAUUGUCUUGAACUAACUAUUGAGCCUCUCUCUUGUUUGCGAAACAUGUACUAUUCUCAUUCCCUUGAAGGAUGGUUGUGAAGUUGAGGGAUGGUGUAUGUUCAGUACCCGGCACGUGGUUGGUACGCCCUGCAUGGUUGUUUUAGCCUGAUUAGGCCUGCGGCCUCAACGUACCCAAAUAUUACUGGGGUAGCACCACCUUACGUGCGCCAGUCUGUAGCUGAUCUUCCUCAUAGUUCUCCCAGGUGUGGCUACCCAAUAACCUAACAUGAGUCUGUUUUCCCCUUGUGCAUAGAACUGGCUGCAGACCUGUCUCCCAGACCCUCGGAUAGACAGCCGUAGCACAGCAGGCGCUCGCCGAGCGAGGUGUGAAGCUAGCCGCCCCCUCGGCGAACCAGUGUCGGUGCAGCUCACAGAGCGCCCUGCUUUGGGGAGGCUCGAAGUAUAAUUAGGAGGUAUUUUUGAGGAUCCAACAUGAAGCCUUCCCACCGCUCACGUCAUUCUAGUUUUCUUAUUGCUGCCAUCGUUAAAAAUAAAAUCUGGGAAGAGUGCUUCAAAAUAGAAGGGAGGGAGACUGAAGACUAAAAUCAUAGGUGUAAAAUCCGACCGAGACUCAACUUGUCACUGUUUCUUCAAUCCUUUUUGUGUCAAAGCAGAUAUGUAUAAAUUAAUAGUAAAAUGCACGUUAUUUUAAAAAUGCUCACCACGCAUAAGACUUACUGAUGUGUGCAAUUUUUGUUGAGGGGUCAAAGUAGAAUUAAACCUGUUUUUGUUUAGAAAGCAGGCGUGACCUUUUAGCUGCAGUGCUGUGGCCCCGCCUGUGCACUCACCAGGCUGCCUCUGUAACUGCUCCCUUUGCGUUACGGGCACAGCUGGUCAGUGCCGCCCGCCCCGUCUCUCCAGACCCUUUAAUACUGUCUAGACAUUUGUACGGGGAGAGACGUAAUGGGUAAGAUAUGGCCCUCAGAUUAUAACGAUAUUUUCAAGGUGACAGUUGACAACAUAGUUUUCAGUCAUCCACACAUUUGUUAUUUCACAUCUCCAAUUUCUAGCUUAAGAAACUAAUUAUAAUCUUAAUCAUACUAGGGUCAUCUUAGGGAAUACUGUUUAGUGUCUUCCAAAUUGAGUCCUGUCAAGGCUCCGAUCUCGGUCCUGGGAACUUUGGAAUUCAUAGAUCGCAGACUGGGAACCUGCUACGUAAAUUCUGAAGAAUAGCUUGGGAAGCAUUUCGAGGCUUUGAGUCGAAUCCAACACCAGUUCGCUGACACCACCUCCUCCAUCGUUAGGACCCACACCGCUCACAGUGCCCCAUUUCCUCGGGCUUGCCACAGGCAAGCAGGAGAGGUGUGGGAGGGCAUGGGAGGUCUGUCCAUCUAAAAAAUGGCCCAGGGCUGUCGUGCAGUAAGCUACUGCUAGACCGCAUUCAGUCUGCAGACGCCGUGUGGCGGUGGGCAGGAUGGCCUGUUGCGGGGAGGCCAGAGGCGGGUUAGAGACCGAACAGGGCAGAGCUGGCUCUCUGCAGUCACAUCUUGCUGCCUUACGUUCCAUCCAGGCCCGUGACCUGGGCUUAUUUUUAUGACGUACACAAACAUGCAUUCUCGGUUUAUGUCACUGUGCUCACCUGUGUCUAACACUUAAACCUCAGCCACAGAGGAGGAGAUGAAACAGGGUUGGUUUGAGUGUCAAUUCUAGAACCCUCCAAGAAGUGAAAAUGUUUCGGAAUCAGAUAGUGGUGACAGUCACACAACUUGGCGACUCCAAAGGACCCGCUGAGCAGUGCAUUACAGAAGAUGAAUUUUAUUGGCUUUUACGAAUUUAUGUGAAUCCCAUCUCAAAAGGAUGCAAGCAGAAUGUCCCAGGAGGAUGGGCAUCUGGCCCAUCAUCUUCUCUUCAUCAACUCCCAGUCACUUAGAGGUCCCUGUGCAGAAGACAGACUUGUGGGAGCGGAGACCGUCCCGUUGGAACGGAGCCAGUUAGUGACUGGAGACCCAGUGUCCCCAUAUUUAUAGGGGAAAGGGCAGCACAAGUGGGUCAUGUAUUCAUUUCCAUGUGCAUACAGGUAUAUAUGAAAGUACACACACAUGAAAAUGAAUGCAUCUAGUCCGUAUUUCUAUUCUGUACAUUUUCAUAAAUAUGGUAUCUGUGUGCAUAUGUACAUGCACAGAGAUGUAAACGUCUGUCUAUGAAUGGCUAUAAUGCACCUGUAUACACCCUGCCCGCCUACCUGUCUUGGCAUCUGUUGCCUUUGAAACUCCAUGAGCCCUGUCACGGCCGCUUGCAGCCUGCGGUGCACUUCUUCCUUUUACCUCCAUGGCCAGAGCUCAGGACAGAGAAAGGAAGCUUGAGUGGAAGAAGGAUGCAGGGCAUGCAUCCCGAGUCUCUUUUACUGUCCUUGGUCUUGGCCUGGCCCAAUGUGUGGAGGAGCCCUGGCGGUUUGUAGGUGUGUGUAUUGACUUCGGAUGAGGUGACGUGCAGGGGAAAGGUGUGUCUGUAGAAACACAUCAUGUGUAUUUUCAUUUUCAUGCAGGUCCCCAGAAAACAAACAUUCAUGGACAUGUGUCACUGUUUCAGUACAUUUUAUUUUAUUUUUUUUUAUAGAUUUUAUUUAUUUAUUUUUAGAGAGAGGGGAAGGGAGGAGGAAAGAGAGGGAGGGAAACAUCGAUGUGCAGGAGAUACAUCCAUCAGUUGCACGCCCCCAACUGGGGACCAAGCGUGUGCCCUGACUGGGAUCACUGCCUUUUCGGUUUGCAGGCCAGCACUCAAUCCACCGAGCCACACCAGCCAGGGCUGUUUUAGUACAUUUUAAAAAUUAGUUGCCAAGCCUCUAAUAAGCAUUUGCCUGUGUCAGAAAUUAAAAUAUUUUCUAUUUUAAGGAGGUGUAUUGUUCCCUUUGGGGGAAUUUGGUUUUCUAAUCAUUUAGUCAAUUGACAGUACUUUUCAGAGAGUCACUGCCUCCAGCUGCCUCCAGGGGGUGCUGUGCUUUCCUCGUUUAAUUACAGAACCGCCGGCACCAGUGUGGGCCCAGCCUGAAAAAGCACAGCUAAUUAAUUACAUUCAGUGAGUCUCCCAGAGCACGAACACGGUUAUGUCAUUACCUGCUCUAGACGGGCACAUCCUAGAAUCAGGAUUUGGGACACCGAUAUUACACAUGCAUAAUUUCUCAUGUAAUAUCCAUGUUCAGUGUGAUUCAAUUUUGAAUGUUUAACUUCUUUCUUGAAGUUAGACAUAAUAACUUUUAAGUCAAAGUGUAAUGCAAACAGAAAGAAAAGGAUUCCUCUAAGUUGAAAAGUCUCUUGCACGUACCAGUUUUUGGAGAGCACUUGUCCCUGCGUGUAAUUUAAAGCUGAGGUGUUGCGUUGCGCGUGGUUAAAACAGUGCAAACAAAAGAUCGGAAGUAAAGCUUGAUUGCACUUUACUGUUUGCCAUCCCCACGUCUAAUGCAAUAAAUUAGAACAAUAUCACAUUUUGCUUUUAACUUGACUAGUGAAGAAUUUAAUUACGCUAAAUUUCUUACCUGGGAAAAAAAAGUUUCCCCUUUUCUCACUGUGUUGGGUCCUUCCUCAUUCAGAGAAGUCAAGAUAUGUGACUCCAUGUUUGAAAAAUGUUUUUCUACAGAUGAAAAGAAAGUUACAUUUUAUUAUUUUCCUGUAUCACAGACUGUGGUUGGCUUUUGGAAACAUUUGUUAUAAAAUAAUGUGCUUUUCAUGACUAGCCCUAGUGAAGAGGGUGGUUUCUAUAGUAACCAAAAACUUGGCGAUAAACCUCAGAGGACCACCUCUCUGCCCUUUUGAGCUUGGAUAGCCAGCGCCCUUGCCGUGGGCGGAGCUGGGGCAGCGCAGAGGGCAAGCCCUUGGCCUCCUAAGGCUGCUGGAGCAGCUUAGCUCAGAAGGAGCAGGUGGCUGCUGAUGGCGCUUGCCUGCCUAUGGAGUUAUUCUCAACACUGGGGGAAGUAUAAAUGGUGUGAUUAUUAAGAAUUCCUGCAUAUGUUUAUUGGUAAUCUUCAGAGUGAAUCCUCCAAAAAUUUUCUAAACUUUUUAGUAAGUUUUGUUUCCUGUUGAAGUCACAUCACUGAGAAAGUUACGUCAUGCUUUUGUGUUUCUACAUCCUCUGUAACCCAUUUGCUUCUUUAAAAUUUGAUUUGUGUGCUAGAGUAGAGCAGGGAUUUGCAAACUACAGCCCAUGGGCCAGAUCUGGCCCACUGCCUAUUUUUAUAAAUAAAGUUUUAUUGGGACACAGCCACAUCCAUUUGUUUAGUUACUGCUCACUUUUGCAUGCAAUGACAGAGUUGAGUAGUCUCAAAGGCUACAUGGCUUACAAAACCAAAAAUAUUUACUAUUUGGUCAUCUACAUUAAAAGUUUGCUCUCCCCUGUGCUGUUUAAUCUAAGAUAAUUUUUAAGUGCCAAAUGAAAUGCAGUCUGGUGACUGCCAGACUGCCAGGUACUUAGUCCUGACAAGAUCUUGUUUUUAGUUUGACAUUUAAAAAUUUUAAACCCCCACCAGUUAGAUAAAAUUGGAUAUUUUGGGUAAAAGAAGAGCGUAGCAUGAUUUUAAAUGUAUCCACGUUUUCCUUCUCAAAUCUCCAUUUACAGACGAUGUAGACAUUUCAGCAUUUCAUCUGCAAGCAUUUCUCUCUGAAUGUCAAAAAACCUGAUGAAAUUUGAAGGUGAUGACUAUCAGCUCUUUUGAAAGAGGUAUCCAAAACAAAAUCAGUGAGAGCCAAGUGUGCUGUUGGUGACAAAAUUGCAUUGGACCUUUUAGGAAAACAUUUUUUUCUGACCCUUAAACGUCUGCAAAAACACGUGCCAAGAAUUCAUUAGAGCAGCAGACACACGCCCAAAACACUGAGCUAUGAGCUGGCGUUCCUGAAGCUGCCUCCCGCCCCAUCAUUUUUUCCUUUAAGGCUCAGUUUAUUCUCUUUUGAUUGCCAGCUCACAUUUUUCUGUUUUUCCAUCUUGGAAAAAGUGACGUUCUCCAUUCCUUCAGUCCACCACACCUUCAGCCCUCAGACCCCGGGGGAGGCCUGGGACCCAUUUCUCUCUUGCGUCCCCCUGUCUGUCCAGCAGUGUCACUCUGUUGCUGGAAGAUGACGGACUGUUGUGCAAGGUUUCCAACCUUGUUGUGUAAGGAAGUCCCUUCCACCCAGCUCUGACAGCGCAGCAUAAACAACUCGCACCGAGUUGCUCACAGUUCCACACAGCAUUCCCGUCGGUCACACAGACUGCAGAGAGCCCCUGGGGAGGGAGGAGUCUAGUGCGUCUCGUCCUGAGCCGAGACUGGCCCUCUGGCUGCCUCAAGUGUACUUCCUCCACCCCAAGUGCUGGCCUGGCCGCCCCAGGGAGACCCGACAGUGCGUCCGACCAGCAUUGCCACAUGUCUGUUCUUGUUCCCGCCACUUCCUGACUGUAGGAGUAGGUGUGCAGUUUCAUUGGAUCUCCUUUUCAAUUGUCUUUGUACCUAUGAUUGAAAACGGUAGUUGGUCUAGGACUUUUGAGGAGAGGGAGAACCGGAGACUGCAGGAGGCCAGCAUGAGGUUGGAACAAGAGAAUGACGACCUGGCCCACGAGCUAGUCACCAGCAAAAUCGCCCUGCGGAAUGACUUAGAUCAGGCGGAAGACAAGGCAGACGUAUUGAACAAGGAGCUCCUCCUGACCAAACAGAGGCUGGUGGAGACCGAGGAGGAGAAGAGGAAGCAGGAGGAGGAGACGGCUCAGCUAAAAGAGGUCUUCCGGAAGCAGCUGGAGAAGGCAGAGUACGAAAUAAAGAAGACCACAGCCAUCAUCGCUGAGUACAAACAGAUCUGUUCCCAGUUAAGCACCAGACUGGAGAAGCAGCAAGCAGCCAGCAAGGAGGAGCUGGAAGUGGUAAAGGGCAAAAUGAUGGCGUGUAAGCACUGCAGUGACAUCUUCAGCAAGGAGGGCGCCGUGAAGCCAGCAGCCGGCCCCCGAGCGGACCGUGGGGCCGAGUUGGACGACGAGAAGGACUCACUGAAGAAGCAGCUGAGGGAGAUGGAGCUGGAGUUGGCACAGACCAAACUGCAGCUGGUGGAGGCCAAGUGCAAAAUCCAGGAACUUGAACAUCAAAGAGGGGCACUUAUGAAUGAAAUCCAAGCUGCGAAAAACUCUUGGUUUAGCAAAACCCUGAACUCUAUCAAAACGGCCACGAGCACCCAGCCCCUGCAGCCGCCACAGGCCACCCAGCCACCCAAGGAGAGCACAUAGUCCCAGCCCCAGCCCAGCACAAGAGCACAAUGAUCAAAGUGACCGAGACCCCGGAGGACUCUCCCAGGUGUCCCUUUUGAAGAAGGAAAGUAAAGGAGGCCAGAAAGCAAGCCCAGUCUUUCCGUGGUUCUCCCUCUUUCUUGUAUGACGCUUUCAAAGGGAUGUUAUUUAAACUGACCUGGUUGUGUGGAACACCUGUUUCAGAGCUUCUUGGAAGGCCAUGUUCAGAUCUGUCCUAGUAUUGCGCAUUAUUUUACAUGCCUGAAAUUUAGUUGGAAAUAAGUAAUUCAGAACUAAAUGCUUUUUACUGAGCACUAACUCCAUAAUUGUUUUUAUCUUACAUAAAAAUGAAGAUGUCUUUUAUUCCAAGGUUGAAGUGAUAGAAAGAUAUUUGUCACAGGUGAAAAAAAAAGUUGAAAUCCAAAACUCCUACCUUUUCAGGAUUCAUUCCGAUAAAGCACAUUGUGGAGCCGGUUGGGGCCACGCCAGGUGGUUUCCCCCUGACAGGGGCUCCUGGCUGGUGGGGUCCUGUCCGAGGGGGAGCAGACCUGGGAUUGAACCGUCCCAAAGACAGUUCAAGUGUUUUGUUUUCUGUUGGGUGCAUCUGGAAACAAAGUGCCAAGAACCACGGGAGAGGGUUGGCUGUUGAGGAAGGGAACUGAGAUUCUGGUAAGCGAGGGAAGAACUAAAUCGCUCUGGCACUGGUAUUCUCACAGGUCCUUUUGAGGGCCCCACACGGGAAUUGCAAGAACCUUAGUAGGAACUCAGUUGUGGGUCUGGCAGACAUGAAGCCAGGAGUGGGUGUCACGAGCUACAGCCGUGGGAAGCCUUCACCAGAGGCGCCUACACAGAUCCCGGUGACUGUGGUGUCCACAAUGGACUCCAGAACUGGGGACAGAGUGUGUCGUUUAGUGUCGACACACACUCUGGAAACACGAAUGCACUGUAACUUGGUUGAAGUUUCGAAAUGGAUAUUCAAGGCCAGCUUCCCAUUGUCUUAACGUUAGGCAACUUUUUCUGAUUUCUGUGGCUCCCCCAAAAUAGGCCCUCGGUACCCCUAGAUGAAGAGACGCAAAUGCAUUUGUGACAUUUUUGGUGGAAUAUGAAACCUUUAUAGAAAUACUUAUCUCAUGGAAAGGUGAAGAAAGCUAUUUAAAAGGUGAUGGAAAUAUUUUUCCAAUUAUAUUCGCAUAUCUAUAUCAAUAGCCCAUGCUGGAAAUUCUCUGGUAAGGGCAAAACGCAGUUCCCCAUUUUCCAAGCUAUUGCAGAGGCCUUUGGUCUUUCCCACCAGCCCAACUACCGUCAGUACCUAUGGCAGCAUUUACUCACUCACCCUUGGCUUCCUGGGUGAACGUAUUCUUUUCUUUUCUUAUCAUUGUUGUUCAGUUUUUGUCCCCAUUUCCCCCCUCUACACUACCCUGCCCUGCCCCCACACACACACAUCUCGAUGAACAUAUUCUUUGUAAAGGAUCUUCAACCCCAUAGAGCCAGAGCAAGUCCCAUCGGUGCCAUAUGAUGUGGUUGAAACUAACACAGUCCGGAGAUAAAACCCUAGUAAGAGCGACUGGGACCCCAGGAGCACAUGCUACAGGUUGCUUCCCUGUACAGUGUUCGUCAGCCUCUGAGGAGAGAAGUCACUGUGUUGGCGUCCAUGUCCUCUACAAUCCAUAAAACAUAGGGUUGUCUGUCACCCUUGGUCACACUCAUCACAUAAUGUGCUUUCUCACCGGAUUUGUUUUGGUUCUGACAUCUUUCAUUGUUAUAGUCAUUUUCUUUACCAAAAAUUAAAAUAAGCCAGCAUUCAAGUGUUUGUGUUGAUUUUAACAUUCCCUCCAUGGCAGUUUAGAAACGCUAAAUUCCUUUUGUAAAGUAUAGUGGCUAGAGAAUUGCAUCUUGGUACUUGUUUCUAUAAAUCACUUAGUAUAAUUUGUUAGCUUUACCGAUACUUAUGCUUUGAUUCCAAGAAGACUUGUACAAGUUGCCUUAUCAAAUGGCCAGCUAAGUUAAAGAUUUUUGUGUUUCCUGAAUCUUGCAGUUCUGCCAUAUAAAGUUCUUUUGAACUUCCAGAAACUGGCACAUAACACAGAAAGCCUGAAUUCUUUUCCUUAAGUAGCAGAGGGAGGAGUGGAAUGGCUCUUGCUCGGUCGAGUCGUUACUGUAAACCUGACUCAGUUUCAUAGCCUCUUACAUUUUUUUUAUACAAAAUCACUAGGUGUAUACAUUCCAAAUGUUUAAUAAAUCAGUCUUUUGCCUUUCCUUUUGACUUUUUCAAAGGGUUAUAGGGUCAUCUCUAGAUUUUUUUUUCUCAUCCAGUUCCAUAUCAUACUUGAGUAUGUUUUGACACCAUCAGUCUAAGCUGUUCUUCAGUGCAAUGCCUUUGGGUCAGAAAAUUCAAAACGUGGUGUCGGUAAGAUUUUUCACAGGCUGUGUUACAGCAGCACUUCCUGACCAAACGUCCUUCACGGGGUAUUGUUGACACUCCCGCAUCCCAGCAUUGACUGCUACUUCCAGUUUCACUCAUUUUGAAAUAUAUUUGAGCAUUGCUAUUCUAAUCUUGAUUCCUUUAGAAAGAGAUGAGCCAGCCCAGAUAUCCAGGAGGUUUUCAGAUACGUAUUCUAGAAUGUUUUUCAUCUUUUCCUAGAACGCAGUGAGUGCAACACUCCAGAAAUCCAACGUUUGCAGUUCUGAAAAGAGAUUAUUUCUCUUUUUAUUUAUUUCUGCAAAAUAAAUUAAGGGAAUGAACUUCAAUUUGAUCAUUUGAUCUAUGAGCUUUUGUAUCUUGAAAAUCUUAUGUAACACAUUCUUUGAAGUUGACUUUUCAAAGAAAGCAAGCUUGAAUUUUGCAGUGCGUAUGUUUGCUAGCUUCCCACAUCCUGAGCCGUGGAAAGGUUUGGUUAUAUUUGGUUACAUAUAAUUCAAUGCAGAGAAACAAACUCGGUCGCCUGAUGCUCCUAUGCGGGCGCCCAUCAGAACACGAGCAGGUUGUCUGCAGGCCCGCGGCCGGUUCCCAUAGCAGCCAGUCUCUGUCUUCCUCUCUCCUGAUACGAGGUGGGCAGUUUCUUCCUCAUGGGCUUUCCCAAACUUCCAAAAUAAAGCUGGAAAGCAAUCUUUGCACUGAUGUUGGGAUAUUUAGUUGUAUUUAUCUUGUUUCAUUUUUUCAGAAUUUUCAUUCUUUUAUAUAUACUAUGUGUUAUUUAUUUUUCUCACACCACUACUCCAUUUUCUUAAAAUACUUUCCAGUUAAUAACCAGUGGCUUCAUUUCCUAGCUAAAGUGAGGAACACAAGAGAAUGCACAGUGUAGGGCCCAAGAGAUGAGAAAUCCUUAAAAGGGUCGACUAGUUACUGCAGAUGAGAAUCAAUGUGUAUCUGAUGGAAGGGGCUGAGUUUGCUUUUCUUUGGCUGAAAUCAGUGUAGUAACUUCUGCCAAGAUGGUUGUCUGCUUUCAGGACUCCCAAAAGGAGCUCUUAAAAAAAUUAAAUUCCUUGUUUGUUUUACCUCUCUUGGAGAGAGCACUUUUAAUUACUUAGCAAGCUGAUUCUGUUGUAUAACUUUUAAAAACGGCUCUUAGAAAACCUCUGAUUCUCGUGCUUCAGUUACAGAUAAACGAGAGAAUGGACAAACUGUUGUUUGAUCUGCACGCUGUUGGGUCUGUGUGUGUAUGGACUUGUCCAGAGUAUCCCUGCCUCUCUUGUGUACCCAGGUGCCAGCGCACCUGAGUGAGCACGCGUGUGGCGGUCAGGGAGAGAGGGGCAGGUCUCAGUUCGGGGGCCUGUUCCCUACCAGGGUUACGCGGGGUGACACACCCUUGCCCCCUAGUUGCCCUGCUCAUGGUCGCACUGAACAAACCCUGCUCUACCACAUCCUUCCUCUGCUGUAGUGGCUUCCAUACAAUAAAGGCAGCUUUUUACUGGAGGAAUUUCCUGAUUUUUCAAAAGCUACCAAAAUGAAUACUUUGGUGCGGGCUGCACCUCAGUAAGAGAUGAUCUCACAUUGUAUUGAGGAAGGCGGAUGUUUACGAGUCGCAUUUUGACGGCAAUCUCAGCAGUCAGGUGUUCCCUUCUCAGCUUCCGUGUAUGAGACCACGUGUCCAGCUAGUCUGCAAGUGGGUCUGCUACCUGCUAUAAAAACAUCUUCAUCAACACGUCCCAUUCUCCCCAUAUUCAUCAUCAGUGAUAUUCUCAAAUAUUUAAUAAAAAAAAUCAUUGACUAGAAAGUGAGCAUUUUCAGUUACUUUUUCACUGCAGUAAGUUAACAUUUGAAAUCGUUUCCAUGGAAAUGUAACAUAACUAUAUAUUACUUAUGGAAUAAAAUAUAGGAAACUGGAUUAGAAGGAUAUAAAAUGCAUCAAGUCUCUGGGGUCACAAAAGCACAAGAAUGAAGCUGGAGAUGGUCCCAGGACCCAGAUGCCCCAAUAGCCUUUUACAUCGGUUUCUCUAUUUUUGGUAUUUUGCAUAAUAUAUGGAUUCUUAAUUCAAACGAGGGGGGGAAGCUUUCUCAGUCCCACUUUUCUUUCCGCUCCUACCUUUCCCUUGCUGAGGACAUGGUAGACAUUCUUACCAUUUAUUUCCAUGAAUUGUUUAAUUUUUGUACACGGUUUCCCUAAUGGAAACAGGUUCUGGGAUAAAGGAGUUGAUUAGCACAAACGGUGCUAAUUGACUACAAAAGAGACAUUAGUAAGCAGCCUCGCUCCCUUUAAACACUGACCGAUUAGAUGUUUCCGUAAUUCCACGUAUUAUGCAUAGUACACUAUAAAUGUAAAUGUAACGCUUGUUAAGAAAAGUGCAAUUUAUUGUACAUUGUCCCAACAAAUGUUUACUUUUAUAAUCGUUAUGAACUUGAAUUGGAUUAGUAUCUUGUUUUCAUGUGUGAAUGAAGCCUUGUGAAAUAAACACUUGCAACCAAGGAGGUGACGAGGUGACUGUUUUUGUGAGCCAGUGAUGUUUUCAAUGCUUUGUGUUGCCCCUUUUUCGCCCCUUGAAGCAGUAAUAAACAUUUGUUCUCAAGUCCGAA